UCGGGCUUACCGGGUUUUUCCGUCCUCUGACUACUGCUCGCCACUCCAUCGCCCAACAUGAGGAUCAACGCCAUUGUAACGGCGGCGGGCGCCUUGGGCGUCUGUGCCGCUUCCGCUGCAUCCGCUGGCACCAUGGAGAGAGUCAUGGAGAUCAAGACCAAGGAGUGGGAAGAGGCCAGAGCCAAAGGCCUCUUCGGCGGCUCGGCUAAGUACCGCAAGGUCACCAAGACGAAUCGCUGCAUCAACGGCGUUGCGACCGAUGGCGACUCGGCCUACCGGUGCAACAACGUCAAUCUGCACGGCUUCCUCAGCCACGAAGACCUCGGCUCGAGCACCAAAGCCGGCAACGACGUCUGGGGUUGGACAUCCCCAACCGGCCGAGAGUUCGGAAUCGUCGGACAAACCGACGGCGUUGGCUUCGUCGAGAUCACCAAGAACGGCAACCUGGAGUACCUCGGCAGACUGGACACUCAGACUACAGCCACAAGCUGGCGCGACAUCAAAGUCAUCGGCCACCACGCCUACGUCGGUGCCGAGUCCCCCGAUCACGGACUGCAGGUGUUCGACCUGACCAAGCUGCUCGACGUCAAGCCCUGGUGGAACCCCUUCUUCUGGAAGCCCAAGGUCUUCGACAAGACCCGCGACCUCACGGCGCUCUUCACGGGUUUCGGCUCCUCGCACAACAUCGUCGCGCACGAAGCCACCAACAUGAUCUACGCCGUCGGCGGGCGGUCGGGCGCUAACGCGCGCAACACGUCGUGCGCGGGCGGCAUGUUCAUGGUGGACGUGUCCAACCCCUCCAAGCCCUUCUCCCCGGGCUGCAUCCCGCACGACGGCUACGUGCACGACGCGCAGUGCGUUCUCUACACAGGGCCGACCGAGAAGUACCGCGGGCGCGAGAUCUGCUUCAACUACAACGAGAAGCGGCUGACCAUCAUGGACGUGACGGACAAGGCCAACCCCGUCGUCAUCUCGCGGACGCCCUACGUCGGGUUCGCCUACACCCACCAGGGCUGGCUCGUCGACGAGACCAUGACAUUCCUGCUGCUGGACGACGAGCUGGACGAGCGCGACGGCACGAAUCCGGGAGCCGACGGACGCACCACGACCUACAUCUUCAAUGUGACUAACCUGGAGGCGCCGGUCAACACGGGGCAUUACAAGAGCCCUGCCAAGUCAAUCGACCAUAACCAAUACGUGGUCAACGGCUUGACGUACCAAGCCAACUACGGCUCGGGCCUCCGCAUCGUGGAUGUUUCGGGGGUCGAGCUGGACCCGACCGGUGGCAACUUUGAGGAGGUGGGCUUCUUCGACUGCCACCCCGAGGAUGACGACGUGAAUGGUGUGGUGGCCUUCCUCGGCACCUGGUCUGUGUACCCGUACUUCAAGUCGGGGUACAUCCUGCUCAACUCGAUUGAGCGGGGUAUCUUCUCAUUGAAGUACACGGGCAAGAAGGCGAAGUAUUAAGCUUGGCGGGCUACGGCAGUGUUGAGGUAAUGACUCGGUAGAUGACACAAGUCGUCAGUCCCGAGGAUUUGAGGAAUACAGCAACCGGAUUAUCCAGCUACGCAAAGUCCUCGUCUGACCUAGUGUUGUGUUUCAAAGCCGAAUGUGUGUUGGGUCAAGUUUGCUUCACCUGGGGGCGAGUGCAAGACGCUGGAGACAUGACCCCAAAUCCGUGUUGCGAGAAGGAUCAGGAUCGCAUACCCAGAGCACGCUGCCGAAACACCGUCUAGUCAUUUUCCUGCUUCCAAUCCUAAUAUCAGCAUCCUCAUCCCCCA